AAGACAUUUCCUGUUCUGGCUUCGGGCCGGGAAUUCGCUGCUUGAGAUAUCCGAGCUGAGUGCCGAGCGCUCACUUAUAAAAGGCAACGGAAUGGGCGGCGCGGCCACAUCGUGCCUGGGGCUGGUGGUGCUCGGCUCAGCGGCUCACAGCGCCGUGUGUGGUGGAAGAGACGGUAUCAAUGUGCAGCGGCUCAGUGCCCCAGUGAUCUGAUCUCUCUCUCUCAGCUCAGUCGCCGUGCACUGUCUGAAGUUACAGCGUACGGCUUAUUGAUUCUGGGUCAGAAGAGGUACCAAACGGCACACAUGUGCAGCAUCCUCGCUGACUGCAGAGGGUGACAGUCGCUCGCUCGCUCUCUCUGCACAGUCCAGUGAUAUCCAGGCGCACUGUUUGCCGGUGGAACAGCAGCCAGCCGGUUCCAAGCGCUCCGCUUUAGCUUCAAGACACCACACCAGACCCCGAACACCAGGAAGCCUGCGACUAGCACUCGCCCCCACCAUGCAUUCACACGCCGGACCUGCUCCUGACAAGUUUGGUGAUUGAUGAGAAUGUCAGUGAGAAUGCAUGAAAACCGCAAAUCACGUGCCAGCAAUGGCUCAAUGAAUAUCUAUCUCUUCCACAAAACCACCUACGCCGACAGUGUCCUCACCCACCUGAACCUUCUGCGGCAGCAGCGGCUCUUCACAGACGUCCUCCUUCAUGCGGGCGAGAAGACCUUUCCAUGCCACCGGGCCGUGCUGGCUGCCUGCAGCCGUUACUUCGAGGCCAUGUUCAGUGGGGGGUUACGCGAGAGCAAGGACAACGAAGUCAAUUUCCACAACUCCAUCCACCCGGAGGUGCUGGAACUCCUCCUGGACUACGCUUACUCCUCCCGCGUCCUCAUCAACGAAGAAAACGCCGAGUCCCUGCUGGAGGCCGGCGACAUGCUGCAGUUCCAGGACAUUCGGGACGCCUGUGCAGAGUUCCUGGAGAAGAACCUCCACCCGACCAACUGCCUGGGCAUGCUGCUGCUCUCCGACGCCCACCACUGCACCAAACUCUACGAGCUGUCCUGGGGAAUGUGCCUCAGCAACUUCCCGGCCAUAAGCGCGAGUGAGGACUUCCUGCAGCUGCCGAAGGACACUCUGGUCAAGCUGCUGUCCAGCGAGGAGCUGGAGACAGAGGACGAGAAGCUGGUGUACGAGACCACCAUAAAGUGGGUGAAGUACGACUUGGGCCAACGCCACUGCUGCCUGCCGGAACUGUUGCAAACCGUUCGCCUGGCCCUCCUUCCAGCGGUCUACCUGAUGGAGAACGUGACCACAGAAGAGCUUAUAACCAGGCAGCCGAAGAGCAAAGAAUUGAUCGAGGAAGCUAUACAAUGCAAGUUAAAGAUAUUGCAGAAUGAUGGGGUGGUGACGAGCCUUUGCGCCAGACCCCGGAAAACUGGACACGCCUUGCUCCUCCUCGGAGGGCAGAGCUUCAUGUGUGAUAAGGUCUAUCUGAUAGACCACAAGGCAAAGGAGAUCAUCCCGAAAGCAGACAUUCCCAGCCCGCGGAAAGAAUUCAGUGCGUGUGCAAUUGGCUGCAAAGUGUACGUGACUGGUGGGCGGGGGUUGGAAAACGGAGUCUCGAAGGACGUUUGGGUGUACGACACCCUCCACGAGGAGUGGUCCAAGUCCGCCCCCAUGCUGGUGGCCAGGUUUGGCCACGGCUCCGCCGAGCUGAAGCACUCGUUGUACGUGGUGGGCGGCCACACCGCGGCCACAGGGCGGCAGCCAGCCUCGCCCUCUGUCUCCCUGAAGCAGGUGGAGCAGUACGACCCGGUCACCAACAAGUGGACCAUGGUGGCGCCCCUCCGGGAGGGUGUCAGCAACGCGGCCGUGGUCAGCGCCAAGCUCCGGCUCUUUGCCUUUGGCGGCACCAGCGUGAGCCACGAUAAACUGCCGAAGGUGCAGUGCUACGACCCCAUUGAGAAUCGCUGGAGUGUGCCCGCGACCUGUCCACAGCCGUGGAGGUACACAGCGGCUGCCGUGCUGGGGAACCAAAUCUUCAUAAUGGGCGGAGAUACCGAAUUCUCAGCGUGUUCUGCUUACAGAUUUAACAGUGAGACCUAUCAAUGGACCAAAGUCGGGGAUGUUACUGCAAAGAGAAUGAGCUGCCAUGCCGUGGCCUCUGGUAAUAAACUCUAUGUAGUUGGAGGCUACUUUGGCACCCAGAGGUGUAAAACACUGGACUGCUAUGAUCCCACCUUGGACACCUGGAAUAGUAUCACAACAGUACCUUAUUCGUUAAUUCCCACAGCAUUCGUCAGCACAUGGAAGCACCUUCCAACAUAGGAGGAAAAACCCUUCAAUAUUUUGCAGAACAGUUUCCAGAAUUCCCGACAUGAAGAAUUUUUUAAACUGUGAAGAAACACAACUUAAAAGAAGAAUAUAAGCCCUUCUUUUCUUAACUAAGCUCAAGUGACUUGGCUUUUUUGCAAUCUACAUUUAACAAGCUUUUAACAAUAUGAAGAGAACAUUAUUCCUAUAAACAUCCACGUGUUGUGAUUGUGAAGCCUGUUUCUGAACAAUGGUUGCCAAAGGCAAUUACGAAUGAAUCGUAGGUGAUAUUAACUGGCUCCUCCAUAAAGUCUGACCUGGCACCAUGCUGCCACACUGUUCUCGGUUUUGAAUGGCUCCCGACAUUUAAGUGUAAUAUUUUAAACGACUCUGUCACCUGAUAGCAGGAUAUUUGAGAUGCUUGUGCUAACAAUGAGAGAGAGGAGAGAUGGUAGAGAACGCAGAUCUGUACUGAGCUGGGCUGGAGUGGACAUACUUCCCCAAGCCUUUGCUUUUUGGGACCGGAACUGCGGACAAUGUCGAUGAGUGGCAGUAACAACCCUGACUUGAGAAUCCAUGCUGUCAGGCAGGAACACCCUGCGGGCUGUGAAGAGGGAGGUCAGCUACCAAAAUACAACUUAAUCAUUUAAGGUCAUUCUUUAUUAAAAGAGGGAGGAGAAAUAUUGACCCGAGGGUCAGAGACGUGCAGCUUUUAUCCGAAUCUGUUAUUUAUAGGGUUUUUUUUAAAUGAUCAUAGGAUAUUUAUUGUUCAAUGAUGACUCUUGCACAUUGAAGUGAACAAAGUAUUCGUAAAUGUGUACUUUAUGUUAAGGAGGAGCUGUCUGAGAAGUAUUUGCACACUUGUUUAGCAAGGGUGGGGGGGGGUGUUAGAAGGGGGCAGUUCACACACUUUAAAACCAUACCCAUUCUCUUGUCACAUAAGAUGGAAAUUACAAUGUUGUGAAGAAGGGGUUGGGAAAUUUCUAAUCGGAAAUGGUAAGGGACCAGAGCAAGUUCUUAAGUUACACUCCAAGGACAUAGAGGUUUGUAGGUUAAUUGGCUUGGUAAAUGUAAAGAUUGUCCCUAGUGGGUAUCGGAUAGUGUUAAUGUGUGGGGAUUGCUGGUCGGCAUGGACCCGGUGGGCCGAAGGGCCUGUUUCCGUGCUGUAUCUCUAAACUAAACUAAACUAUAUUGUACAUUCGAGCAUUUGCCUAACUUUUCACUAAGUUUCGCAGCACUUCCAGUACUUUGGUGUAGAUGCUGUUCAAUGCAUGCUGAUCAAUCAAAUAUGUUUAGUCCUCUAGUUAAUCCAACCUAGGUGAUUUCCCUUUUCACAAACUCCCUUAUUUCAAACAAUUACAUUGAAUCAUUGUGAAUGAAAAAUUAUCAGAACUGCAAACAAUUUUCAAUUUGAUUCAGGCGUCAAUCUUUCCUGCCCACAUACAUGGUAGAUGAAAGGGAGAGAAGCAAGGUUCAGACGGGAAUAUUCAGAUAUUAUAGAUUUUUAGGCCAAGUGAUUCUGAUUGCCACUCUUUGCAUAUGAAGAAUUAACAUGCUAAACCACAUUCCUGCACGCAUUACUUAUAGGCAGAUGCUAAUCCAUUUAAAAUAAACAGGUCAACACCUGUCUACAAAUCGAGCACUGUGGAAUGUAGCCUGAGUAUGCUAACUCUUUAUACAUUAAAUUCUUUAAUUAGGAUUUCUACUCCUUUCUGUUUCAAAGCAUCAUUCCUUCUCGGCAUUCAUGUGGUAAAGUAUCAGGUCAACGUCUGAACGGAGAUCAAAGCAGUCAGUGACAUACUGUAAGUGUCACGUUAUGAGUUGAUUACUUCAGGGCAAUUUAGACAGCAUUUUUGAGAGAAAAUUGUAAUAAGUAUGUGUUGGAAAUGGUCAACGGCCAUAAACGCUGGAAUUCAAAAACGUAAUCUAAAAUUGAGCUUUAUUGCGACUGCAUACACUGCAUGUAAAUUGAACAUUAUAGCGAGUGCUUCCAACACACGGUAAUUUACUGCCCAUUUGGGAACUGAGCCGUGUAAGCAAUAGGAAUUUUGGGGUUAGAUUUCUGGCAUAUCUGGAGUGAGUUUGUCUUUGGGAUUGGGAGUGAAGGAAAGGGAAUGGUAAGGGUCCAGAAAAUAAGUUUCAAAAUAGCUUUCAUCCUUUCUGGGGCAAGGAAGUCACCUAGGAUUCCAAAAGUGGUUAUCAAAAGUGCUGGAAGGUUUUAAGUGUGGUUUUACUAGGUGAUGUCAAGUUGUAAUGCAUUGCAUGACAUGAAUAAUAGGUAUUCAUGGCCACUGACCGAGGAACCAUCUUAUAUUUAUUAACCUGAAAUGCGGCUUUCAGGAGAGGAUGUGAAAAAAGUGGACGGUGCAUAAAGUAGAUAAAGUGAUUAUUGUUCGUAGUCAACGGGGUGAUGUAGAUGUACUGCUUGUGAAGUAAAGUUGUGGAGUAGUGGAUGACUUGUGUUUAGGUGUACGUUAUUGGAUUACACAACCCGGCAAGUUCAAAUACCUAUUUCCUUGCGAACCAAUUAAAAUAAUGGAAAUAAAUAAACUUAUCAACAAGGUCUGACCAAAGCCAGGAUUUGGAGAAAAAAACUGUUAUACAUCUUUUCGAUACAUCCAGGCAGGAAUAUCAGUUAUUUUUUAGUAACAUUUCAGGAAGGCUAUUUACCAUUGAAAAAUAGCUGAGAGAAGUCUGCAAGGCAUUGAAGGAUGGGCCUCAAGCUCGACGGGGAACUUUCUGGGGUCCUGCUUUUUGAAUUGUUGUGGUAAUUCUGCCGCUUGGAUCUGCAAAAUCACCGCACAGUUUGAGGAGAAUGCAAUUCACAGCAGAGUGCACGCACAAAAGUUGGCAUAAGACAAGGAGGUUCUUCCUAUUUUAUACACUCAUCACCAUAGCAACACAUUACAAAGCGUACUCCUUUCCUUCCAAUCUAAUUGCAUAAAGGCCUUUUCAAUGGAGCUGACACCUGUCUGAAUGAGUGUGAUUAGAGAUGAAUAAUGUCUCCACCAACAAAAAUAGAUGUGUGUGUAUAAAAAAAAUGUCAUUGCAAGAUUCACUGUAUUUCCUUUUUUUACUGCUCGAAUGUAACAUUUUUGUAAAAGUAACUUUUUUUCACAAUGUGAAAUCUGAGAUUAAAUUGUAUUGACAUUUCUUCCA